CGCCCUGCGUCAGACUGAGGCAGCACCAUGACGACCACGUGCAAGCCGCCAUCGCAUCUGAGGAUGUAUCUUCGUGCCCCAGCUCUGUCGACCGCGCGUUUCGAUGAGGGCGUCGUCUUCCCUGCAGUCAUUCCUACGGAGGGACGUUCGGCUGCGUUCAGCCUCAGUGACGGGGAAGGAGGGUAUAAAAUCAUCUCCCUCAGCUGUUUUGUUUUUUGGUGAAAUCCACCUGUGCUGUUGAUGAGACCAGUGUUUCCAUCACACGGUGCUGCAGGGAAGACACAUUGGUUUUCUGCAUCUGAUUCUUUUUACAUGCAAAUUUUGGCUGAACUCUGUAUUUAUAACAUCGAUAAAAUAUUGUUUUAUAUUGUAGUUGCUGCAAAAGUGUAUUUUAAAGUAGAUGGGGUAACCACAUGACACAGCAUAGUGCAAUAUGAUUUUUAAUGCAAACACAGCUUCCUAAUAUCAAUACACGUUAUUUUUAUAAAGGACUUUUGAGGACUUUAUUCAGAAAAAAGAGUCAUUGGCAUAAAUGAUCACCGUAAACCAUAGGAAUGUGUAUCAGUUCAUAAGCAUUACAGGCAAACUUACUGUACAUGGUAACUCUUAAAUUAAAGGUUAAUAUUGAAAUAGCUUUUUUCAUAUUAACAUUUGCAGGACGCAUCUGUUAAGCAGUUCAACAAAAGACAAAAAAUGGAAGAAAUCAAACUCAUUUUGAAACCGUGCUGGGACAAAUAUUCUACACAAGGCACGCGCGGGGUAUGCUUCUGGAUAUCAGUUAUAUCUGGGUGUACCUAAUAAACUGCAAAUAUUAUGAACGAUUUCAGAACUAUGGUGAGUCAGUGCAUCUUGCUGUGUUUUCAUACUGACCAAAAUAUAAAAUGACUUCUAUUGAGCCCAGUGAAAUAAUUUUUUAUGCACAAGUGUCACUAAGUAACGUAAGUCACGCAAGCAGAGUUUAUAUGUCAAAUUGCAGAUGAACGUGCACGACAUGCAGCUGAGGUGGUUAAUGCAGAGAAGUGGUGAGUCGAGUGUGUGUUGGGUUGGAGGAGGGACUCCUCGUCGCAGUGAAGAUCAUUUACAGAACUCAGAAGCUGCUUCGCCAGCGAAGAGAGAAGUGAGGCGACGAAAAGACCAUCAGAGCCUCAGACAUGAAAGUCCUUCACACCCUGAUCUGCUUCUUUCUCUCAGCGCUGCAGGACAGUAAGACACGUCUCGCUGGUGCAGAGGUCGUCUGGACUGGAACAGAAGGAGGAGCCAUCACAGUUACAUGCUCAUUUUCUUUAUCUGGAAAGAAGAGACUCUUCUGUAAGGAGAAAUGUGGAGAAGGAGACGUUCUUAUAGAAACAGAAGACGACAUAAAGAAGAGUGGCAGAUAUAUCAUUCAAUAUGAAGAAGGAUUUUAUCCAGUGUUAAGCACAUUAGUUCAUGUGACCAUCAAGCAGCUGACCAUGUCGGACUCAGGAUCGUACGAGUGUGGUUUGAAAAGAUCCCUUGGUAAAGAUGGAUACGAGCAGAUUAGGAUCAACGUCAGAGGCGGUUCACUCGUCUCUCAUCCAGGUUGGACUUUGCCUCUGGUCGCUCGUCUGGUUGUGAUGGUGCUGUUGGCCGCUUCAAUACCGCUGCUGUACCGGUGGAAGAGAAGAGGCUGCGCUGAUCUGAACGGCAGGACCUCGACCAGCGGAGAUAACUACAGUUCAGGCCCUAUGACGGUCGUUCCCCAGCCUCCGCACUGGGAGACCCCGACCACAAGGUCGUGGAUUCCGCGGCCUACGAGAGCCUCGACCACCACAACAGAGAUGACCACAUUUACUGCACACUCGGACAGCAAAUGUGAUUUUGAAUCUGGAAACAAAACAACAUUCGAUGACAUCCUCCUUCUGAAAGCCGACGUAUAUUUUUUGAUGAAAUGUUAUUUCUUAACCUUUAACCCAUUUUUCCCCUUCAUGUAUAUUAAUUGUGUGUUGUUAUUGCUGUUAACAAAUUACUAAUGCGCAUAUUGUAUUACAAAAAAACCCUGAUAUAAAUACAUACAUACAUAGAUCACGUGUGAGAUUUAGAAUAAAAUAAUUCCUGUAAAGUCAACUGGAUUAUACACAUAUAUACAUAAAUGCAUACAUACAUAUCUCAGUCAACAUAUUUAUUUAUAAAGAAUUUAGUUGUGUUGAGAGGGGAAUGUUCAGAGAUUCUACAAAUUGGCUGCGAUGAAAAAGUUCAUAUUGUUACAGAUAUUUGUGAGACGUGGAAUGUAAUGUCACAAUUUGUGGUUAUGGAAUACUUCUUUUGUUCAAUUUUGCCAUCAACUAAGUUGUAAUGUUUUGUUUGGUUUCUAUGGUAACUUUCGCGCUGGUCUGCACCACAUUAAAAAAAUGGUUUUGAUUAAGAUAAAUCGAGGAAUAUUGCCAAGCUUUACUGCCACAACAUGUAGAAUAGAUGCUUCUUGGCUAAUAAACAAAAUAAAGACCA